AUGGCACAGCUGGACGUCAGCAGCCAGAAAAUUCUACUAAAAAGGUCCAUCCUCGGCUUGAUUGCUGUUGUGGCCUUUGCUUCUCGUUUAUUCAGUAUUGUUCGUUAUGAAUCAAUUAUUCAUGAAUUUGACCCUUGGUUCAAUUACCGUGCUACACGCAUGUUGGUUAAAGAUGGCUUUUAUGAAUUUUGGAAUUGGUUUGAUGACCGUUCAUGGUAUCCACUUGGACGCGUUGUAGGAGGAACAGUCUAUCCAGGUUUAAUGGUUACAGCUGCCAUCAUUCACAAUGUGCUUCACUUUUUGAAUUUCCCAGUCGACAUUCGCAAUAUUUGUGUUCUCUUAGCACCUAUGUUUUCUGGAUUAACAGCAUUGGCUACUUAUCUCUUGACGAGCGAACUGAAGGAUAGCUCUGCCGGCCUAUUGGCAGCAGCCUUUAUUGGUAUCGCGCCAGGCUACAUUUCACGUUCAGUUGCCGGUUCAUACGAUAAUGAAGCGAUCGCCAUCUUUUUGCUUAUGUUUACGUUUUACUUAUGGAUCAAGGCGCUCAAAUUAGGAUCUGCCCUUUGGGCCUCUGCAUCCGCCUUCUUUUACUUUUAUAUGGUAGCUGCUUGGGGCGGUUAUGUGUUCAUUAUCAAUUUGAUUCCUCUUCAUGUCUUUGUGCUUAUGCUCAUGGGUCGUUUCUCUAACCGUGUCUACGUGUCUUACUCAACUUUUUAUGUCCUGGGCACUUUGAUGUCAAUGCAGAUUCCAUUUGUCGGCUUUCAGCCCACGCGUACAUCUGAGCAUAUGGCUGCUCUUGGCGUCUUUGGCCUUUGUCAGAUCAUGGGUUUUGUCAACUUACUUCGUAGUCAUCUUCAAGCCAGGCAGUUCCAGAUUAUUCUCAAGGCCUUUGUAGGCAUCACUUUUGUCGUCGGAUUCUCUGCGAUUGUCGGACUUACGCUCGCAGGCUACAUUGCCCCUUGGACCGGUCGAUUCUACUCUUUAUGGGAUACUGGAUACGCCAAGAUUCACAUCCCCAUCAUUGCCUCAGUCUCUGAACAUCAGCCCACAGCAUGGCCCAUGUUCUUCUUUGACUUGCACAUGCUUGUCUUUUUAUUCCCAGUAGGUAUCUAUCUCUGCUUUGAAAAGCUUCGUGACGAACACGUCUUUGUGAUUGUGUACAGUAUCUUUGCUUCGUAUUUUGCCGGCGUCAUGGUUCGUUUGAUGCUCACACUCACACCUGUUGUCUGUAUCUGUGGCGGUAUUGCCAUCUCAACCUUACUGGACACAUACUUGAAGCUCGAUUCCGGAUCUAGCGAAAAAGAGAACAAGAAGGAAGACAAGGGAUCCACUAGCAAAAAGGACGACAAGAGCUCCAAGAAGAAGGCGAGUGCCAAAUCACAAGCAUCUGGAAUAUUGGGCGCCGGUCCUCGUAUUCUCGUUGUUGGCUGUUUUACCUUUAUGCUCAUGAUGUUUGUCUGGCACUGUACCUGGGUCACAUCCAACGCGUACUCCUCACCUUCUGUCGUUUUGGCUUCACGUAACCCUGAUGGCUCACAACGUAUCAUUGAUGAUUUCCGAGAGGCCUACUAUUGGUUAAGAAAGAACACAGAUGAAGAUGCCAAGAUCAUGUCCUGGUGGGAUUACGGAUACCAGAUUGCCGGUUUUUCGAACCGUACGACACUUGUUGACAACAACACAUGGAAUAACACGCACAUCGCCACAGUUGGACGCGCCAUGGCCACUAACGAAGAUGAUGCAUAUGAAAUCAUGAAACGCCACGAUGUCGACUAUGUCUUGGUCAUCUUUGGCGGCCUUCUUGGUUAUUCAGGAGACGACAUCAACAAGUUCUUGUGGAUGAUCCGUAUCGCUCAGGGUAUUUGGCCAGACAAGAUCAAAGAAAGCGAUUAUUUUACAGCAACUGGAGAGUACCGUGUAGAUGACCAGGCAUCCAAGGCGAUGAGAGAGUCACUCAUGUACAAGAUGAGUUACUACCGAUUCAAUGAACUCUUUGGCGGUCGACAACCCUUUGAUCGAGUCCGUAACCAGCCUUUGCCUAUGCAAGGUCCCGAACUAUCCGUCUUGGAAGAAGCAUUUACCUCUGAAAACUGGAUUGUGCGAAUUUAUAAAGUAAAGGAUUAUGAUACACUUGGCAGAGAUCACAAGGAUGCGAUGUUAUUUCAAAAUGGUAAAAAGAAAUACAAGUUAAAGAAGAGUAAAAAGACAGAAAAUCGCAGACGCCGAGCAGCGGCUGCAUAUGAUGAUAUAGAUUAA